AUGGAUCAUCAUGACAUGCAGCGAGAGAGAAGCAGAGGUCACAGGCGCUACGAUGAUGAUGAUGAGGCUCAGCCAGUCUACAUCGGUGUUCCAGUUUCCCACCGGCGGAAAAAGCGCAGACAUCAUUCCUGUGUCAGCGACCCUGACCGUGACACACGGCACUCCCACUAUGAUCACCACACACACCGUGAACCCUCGCACCGCGGAUAUUACCACGACGGGGAGGAGCACUAUGAUGAUGAGGAGGGCAGUCCAGAGCAUCAGGAGCAUGCCAAUCUCUCAGUGUCCCCUGCAGCGGAGCGGCUGCGCCACAUACUGGGGGAGGAUGACAACACUCCAACACCCACAAUAUUCACUGAGAUGGACACACUGCAGAAUGAGGGCGGCGAGCUGGAGUGGAAAGAGUCUGCAAGGUGGGUGAAGUUUGAGGAGAAGGUGGAGGAGGGAGGAGAGAGAUGGAGCAAGCCUCAUGUCUCCACGCUGACCCUGCACAGCCUGUUUGAGCUCAGGACUUGUCUGCAGACAGGAAGCAUCCUGCUCGACCUGGAGGGCUACUCACUGCCGCAGAUCGUGGAUGAGAUUGUGGAUCGGCAAAUAGUUGACGGUCUCAUUCCUCCGGAUCUGAAGGAGAAGAUCAGCUUCGUGUUGCUCAGGAAACAUCGUCACCAGACCAAGAAGCCGAUCCACCGCUCCCUGGCCGACAUAGGGAAGUCGUCCAACGCUGCUUCCAACCGUAGUCCUCAUGUUAAUCCCAGUCAUAGCGCUAGUUCAGCUUCUGGGAUCCACCGCUCCACAGAAGACCUACACUCUCGGCCGUCAAGCAGCCUUGGCCGCCUGCAUCCUGCACAGAGCCGAAGCAUGAAUGAUAUUUCAGACACACCAAGCACAGACCAGCUGAAGAACAAGUUCAUGAAGAAGAUUCCUCGUGAUGCCGAAGCGUCGAAUGUACUGGUCGGCGAGGUGGAUUUCCUGGACAAACCCUUCGUGUCCUUUGUACGUUUGGCUCAGGCCACGACUCUGGGAGGCCUCACCGAGGUCCCUGUGCCGACCAGGUUUCUUUUCAUCUUGCUGGGUCCUCAUGGCAAAACCAAGGCCUACAAUGAGAUUGGCAGAGCCAUCGCUACGCUGAUGGUGGACGAUCUGUUCAGUGAUGUCGCCUAUAAAGCCCGGGACCGUGAAGACCUGAUUGCAGGUGUGGAUGAGUUUCUGGAUGAGGUGAUUGUCCUCCCUCCAGGGGAAUGGGACCCAAAAAUACGCAUCGAACCCCCCAAGAAGGUUCCAUCUGCAGAAAUGAGGCAAUCGGUGCUGAACCUGAACGAGCUGGGGAAAAUGAACGGCUCGGCCGGCGGAGCAGCUGGAGGAGAAGAUGAGGAGUUUCCGGCUCCACAUGAGCUUGGAGAGGAGCUGAAGUUCACUGGCAGGUUUUGUGGUGGAUUAUGGCUGGACAUCAAACGGAAGAUCCCAUGGUUUUGUAGUGACAUCUACGAUGGUUUCCAUAUCCAGUCCAUCUCCGCUGUGCUCUUCAUCUACCUGGGCUGCAUCACCAAUGCCAUCACCUUUGGAGGACUGCUCGGGGAUGCUACUGACAACUACCAGGGAGUGAUGGAGAGUUUCAUCGGCACUGCUUUGGCGGGGACGGUCUUUUGUGUUUUUGGGGGGCAACCCCUCAUCAUCCUCAGUUCCACUGGACCCAUUCUCAUCUUUGAGAAACUGCUUUAUGAAUUCAGCAAGAGCAAUAAUAUAGACUACAUGGAGCUGCGUCUGUGGAUCGGCCUUCACUCAUGUCUGCAGUGUUUCCUGCUGGUCAUCACAGACGCCAGCUACAUCAUCAAGUACAUGACGCGCUUCACAGAGGAGGGAUUCUCCAGCCUCAUCUCCUUCAUAUUCAUCUCUGAUGCCAUUAAGAAGAUGGUCGGAGCCUGGAAGUAUUACCCAAUCAACCGCGGCUUCAAGCCCGACUACAUCACUGCCUACAAGUGUGAAUGCAUCGCACCGGACCAGGCUUCUGCUCUGGGCUUCAAUGUUUCAGCUCCACUCGCAGAUGAUAACAUGACUCUGCUGUUUAACUUGACAGAUAUGGACUGGAGUCAGCUAAGUAAGAAGGAGUGUGUGAAGUAUGGUGGGAUGUUGCUGGGGAACUCCUGUAAGUACGUUCCCGACUUGGCCCUCAUGUCCUUCAUCCUCUUCUUCGGCACCUACUCCAUGACUGUUUCCCUCAAGAAGUUCAAGUUCAGCCGCUACUUCCCGACAAAGCUCCGUUCCCUGAUCAGUGAUUUUUCCAUCAUCAUUUCCAUCCUGGUCUUCUGUGGAUUGGAUCACCUGAUGGGGCUGGAAACCCCAAAACUGCACGUGCCCACCGAGAUCAAGCUGAGGAAGCUAAUCAGUGAUUUUGCCAUCUUCAUGUCAAUCAUGUCCUUUGUGGGUCUGGAUAUGUUGAUGGGGUUAGAAACACCCAAACUAAUCGUUCCAACUGAGUUCAAGCCCACGCGUCCUGACCGCGGCUGGUUGGUGAUGCCGUUUGGUAAGAACCCCUGGUGGUGGUAUGUGGCCAGCUUUGUUCCCGCUCUGCUGGUCACCAUCCUCAUUUUCAUGGAUCAGCAGAUCAGUGCCGUCAUCGUCAACCGCAAAGAAAACAAACUGAAGAAAGGCUGUGGCUACCACUUGGACCUGUUCUGGGUGGGUGUGCUGAUGGCUGUGUGCUCCUUCAUGGGGCUGCCCUGGUACGUAGCAGCGACCGUCAUCUCCAUCGCACACAUCGACUCGCUGAAGAUGGAGAGCGAGUCCAGCGCGCCUGGAGAGCAGCCGCAGUUCCUCGGAGUCCGGGAGCAGAGGUUGACGGGCAUCCUGGUGUUCGUUUUGACCGGAGUCUCGAUCUUCCUCGCUCCUGUUCUCCAGUACAUCCCCAUGCCAGUGCUGUACGGAGUGUUCCUUUACAUGGGAGUGGCCUCACUGAGUGGCAUCCAGUUCUGGGAGCGCAUCAAGCUGUACCUGAUGCCGCCCAAACAUCAGCCAGACUUCUCCUUUCUGCGUCACGUUCCUCUGAGACGCGUCCAUCUCUUCACCCUCGUCCAGAUCGUCUGUCUGGCCGUCCUCUGGAUCCUGAAGUCCACCUUCCUCGCCAUCAUCUUCCCAGUAAUGAUUCUGGGGCUGCUGGUGGUGAGGAAGCUGCUGGAUCUGAUGUUCUCACAACACGACCUGGCCUGGCUGGAUGACAUCCUGCCGGACAAAGACAAGAAGAAGGAGGACGACAAGAAGAAGAAGAAGAAGACGGCAGAGCCAGAGAGCGACGAGGAGGAGAUGAACCCUUACUCGACUGUCACGUCCGAUCACAAUGAAUUAGACCGCAGCAUCACUCUGCACCUGAAGAUCUCCUGCCCCGACUCACCUGCCCACUCCCACACCUCAAGCCUCGAUCCCGGGGACGCUCCGCUGUGCCCUCCCCUGCCCCAGGUCAGCAUCCAGGUGGACUCAGACUGUGAGGACUCGGGCUUCUACUCCAGACAACAACAACAACAACAACAACAACAACAACAACACCGCCUUUAUCCCCAUAAUGACCUGCUGCCAACACCUGGAAUACACAGACACGUUCAUCAAAAACUGCAUGCUCACUUCGGUGACUCUUGUACUGAGACCAUCCUGUAGACACAGUUUACAGGUGUGAUCUUACACACACUCACAGAAGGAAGGCGCAAAGUGUUGCAUACUGUUUAUAACUCAUAAUCUGCAUGAUAUCUCCAUUUGUAUCUCAGUUAAAAUUACAGUUUAGAAGCUGAGCCCAAUAAGCAAACAGAAAAUGCUCUUGCUCAUUUAUUAAUUGGGUGUUUCUCAGAUAUAAUGCCACAUGUGUUAGACAGCUCCCCGACCUGAAACUCUCAGAUCUCUGAGACUCUUCCUGUAGUGACAAUAAGACAAUAAGAAACAACCAAAAUGUGAUAUUAAUAACAAAAUGCAUGAACCCACUCUGGACCGUUGUUAGGCAUCAGUAUUAUUGAUCAUGAUUUGUUCAUCUUUGCGAUUUUAUCUUAUGCAUUUAAAGAAUAAAGAUUUACAUGCUGGUUUAUGUGCUUUAAGGAUGUAAAACCCAGAAACUAAUAA